CCAAUAAAAACACAUAAAUUCUUUUAAGUCGUUUAUUUAUAAAUACAUGUCUAAAAAUAGUAAAACAGAAAUAACUGACUACUACUCUUACAACUGUGAAGAAACAGGAAGAAGCUGACAGUCGGCGCAUGCGCGGAGCAGAUUACAUAGCCGGUAAACCCCACGCGCGCUGACCAGCUGGACAGGGCAGGAUUCUCUUCGCAGCGCAACACACACCCGACUCGGUUCCUCCGUCGCGAACCAAACCAGAACCUCACACUCAGGCUGUCAUGAGGACGGUGGCGGUCCUGGGAGGAGGGGCGGGGGGGCUGGCUGCAUCCUACUACCUGUGUAGGAGCCUCCAGGUUACCAAGAGAAACGACCCUCCCUCUAUGCCCUCCACCCCUCCAGUGGUUUUCUGCUGACACUAGUCCCUGGAGGAUGAUGCAUCAUCUGUCAAAGAAAGAUUCAGGCAUAUCUGCAGGUGUUUCUGUGCAGUGACUUCCGCAGAACACUUUGUUUAAACAAACAGGAAACCUGUACACCCCCAACCCCCCCAUCCCAGGUCAUUCUGAUCGAGUCCAGCAGCCGUUUUGGAGGUUGGCUGAAGUCCACCAGGAGACCAGACUCUGCCGUGUUUGAACAAGGACCCAGAGGGAUCCGACCUGCUGGGGCAGUGGGCCAAAACACCCUCAACAUGGUUGAUGACCUCGGCCUGGGGAGGGAGGUCCUGCCUGUCCUGUACAGCCAUGUCGCCUCCAAGAACAGAUUCCUGUACGUGAACGGGAGGCUGAACAGGAUGCCAUCAGGACUGAGGGGGCUCCUCCGGACCACCCCACCCUUUUCUCGGCCGCUCCUGUACAGCCUGGCCUCUGAGAUUCUGGUGAAGAAGAGCAAAGAGGAAGACGAGUCGGUGCACUCGUUUGUGUCCCGUAGACUGGGACAGGAGUUGGCAGACUUGGCGGUGGAUAGUCUGUGUCGAGGUGUGUUUGCGGGGGACUGCAGAAAGUUGAGCGUCCGAUCGUGCUUCCCCCCUCUCUUCAAGGCGGAGCAGCAGAUGGGUUCUCUCAUCCUGGGAAUGCUGCUGGGCUCAGGUUCAACGGCUACCGUCACUCCUGGACCUUUGGCCAAGAAGGCCAAAAAAGAGUCUUGGGCUCAGUGGUCCCUCAGGGGGGGGCUAGAGACCCUACCAGAAUCCAUUGCAGAGUAUCUCCAAAGGAGCGGCAAGGCGGAGAUCCAGAAGAAUGCACCUGUGAAAAACAUUAGUCACUCGGAGUUGGGCUGGAAAAUUCAACUGGAAGAUGGAGUUGUGUCAGCCGACCACAUCAUCUCUGCGUUGCCAGCAAAAGCACUGGCGUGUGUCCUCCCCCCAUCCUGUCAGAGUCUGACCCAGAUGCUGCAGGACGUCCACGCUGUCACUGUUGCUGUGGUCAACCUGGAGUAUGACGGUUCCAUCCUGCCUGUACAGGGUUUUGGGCAUCUUCUUCCUUCAUCAGAGGACAAAGGUUUACUUGGAGUGGUCUAUGACUCUGUCCCCUUCCCUGAACACAACCAGCCCGACAGAGAGACCACCAGACUGACGGUGAUGAUGGGUGGCGCCUGGUUCCAGGAGGUGUUUGGUGAUCCAGAGUCUGUGACAUCAGAGCAUCUCUUAAAGCAGGCCUGUGAAGCAGUGUGCUGCCAGCUCGGAGUCAAGGCGGCACCCAUUUGGAGCCAUGUGUCUCUUCAAAGGGACUGCAUACCUCAGUAUUAUCUGGGACACUCCCAGAGAGUCGAAUCCAUGCGGAGCUUCAUCAGGAGCAGGAAUCUCCCUCUGUCUUUGGUCGGUUCCUCCUUCGAUGGCGUCUCGGUGAAUGAUGUCAUCUUUAGUGGACGUGCAGCUGUGGAGGAGCUGUUUGGAGUUUGAUGGUCAUGACCAUGAACGCAGCAGCUCGUGAAAAAGAGGAAUUACUACCAGAUUUUAAUAUAAAUGAUGUCAAUAAGGAGAAUCAUUUUUCUCACCUUGUAACAAGAGAGAUGGGAUUAAUUUUUUUUAUCAGCCUUAAAUUAUAAACCUUUGUGCCUACAAUAAAUCAUGAAUGUUCGACUAA